AUGGGUAAAUCCCUAUCCCGUGCCUUGAUCAGCGCGGCCGUCUUUGCCUACGGCUCCUUUACAGUUAUUCUUUACGGUCUCAUUGCCUUGGUGAAAGGCACAUACUUCAAACGCCCCAAUGAAAACGAGAAACGGGACCUACAGCUUGCUCGCAAUCGCCUGUGGGAUUUAUCUAAAGACUUCGAAGGUCUCUCUCACCACAUUCUAACUUUGCAGAGCGGAUUCAAGUUUCACUUUGUCAGUAACGAUAUCCCGAACACACCGGAAACAAUCAACUCCGAUAAACCAUUGGUCAUCUUCAUCCACGGAUUCCCAGAUAGCUGGGCGAUCUGGCGACACAUUAUCGGAAACUCCGCUCUGCAAGAGGCCGUUUCGCUUGUUGCGAUUGACCUUCCUGGAUAUGGAGGAACAGAGAGCCUGGAAAAAUAUACUGCAACAAACGUCUUGGAGAAAUUGACCGAGCUGAUCGUCACCCUGCGGACCCAGUAUGGUGUGGACUCGGGCAAUGAAAGCAACAAAAAGAGAACCAUAAUUGUCGCCCAUGACUGGGGUUGUGUCUUGUCCAUGCGCCUCGCUGCCGAAGCUCCGUCCCUGGCCCAUCGGUUCAUCCUGUCCAACGGACCAUCAAUGAAAUUGGUUGAAUCCAAUAUCCGCCGUCUGCUCUUCUCGGCCAAGAAGACGCUCGGUCACGCCUGGCGUUCACCACUGCACGCCCGCGUCCCGCUGAUGCAAGCCAUCCGAACCCUCACCCCUCUCGCCCGCCAGCUUGUCCUAUCUGGCUAUAUCUUUGCCAUGCAGCUACCGACGCCAAUUGUCUCCUACUUCCUGUCCGGAGGCAACCGGUCAUUGUUGAAAAGUUGCCACCUCACCUCGUACAACAAGGAUGAAUGCACCCCCCUCGACGUGGCCAACAGCAUGGCUAGUACGAUGGGUCCAUCCGCCGCAGAAUCGGAUACCAAAACUCCCAGCGGUGAUGCCUAUCCCGCCAACCUCAGCGAACGCGCGUUCGCACAUGUCAUCCACAUGGCGGCUUAUUACCGUGAUGGAGCGGCGAUGGCGCGUUGGGUCAAGUCUAUUGAGACGGUUGCUAGCUUGCACAGCAUUUCAUCCGGAAAGCGUAUGGCGAGCAGCGGAGCUGGGUUGUUUGAUGAAGGUCCCCCGGGCGCUCUCAGAGCUAGCACGACCAUUUUCUGGGGCAAGGAUGAUAUUGCUCUUGACCAGAGGAUCUGUCUUGAUGGAAUGGGUGAUUACUUGGUGCAGGGGUCCCAGAUUGUGCUACUUCCCCAUACUGGACAUUGGACUCCGGUUGAGCGUGAGAGCGGGGCAGCUUUGAUCAAGGCCGUUGAAUGGGCUGCUCAAGGCGAAGAGGGGGAUAUUGUGACGGCCAUUGGUGAAUCUUACCCUGGUGUCCAACUUCUUUUAAGUGACAAUUACCUUCCUGGUGCUAUGGUCCUUGCCCAUUCCCUACGCGACAAUGGUACAAAAGCGAGGUUGGUGGCGCUCUUCACGCCAGACAGACUACAAUCGAGCACUAUCGACGAGCUAAGGACCGUCUACGAUGAGUUGAUCCCAGUGAGCUCAAUGGUAAACGACACGCCGGCGAAUCUCUGGCUCAUGGACCGUCCAGAUCUGAUUGCCACAUUCACCAAGAUCGAGCUCUGGCGCCUGACACAAUACCAGCGGGUUGUUUACAUUGAUUGUGAUGUCGUAGCUCUCCGAGCCCCCGACGAGCUGUUAUCACUGGAAGCAGACUUUGCUGCCGCGCCUGAUGUUGGCUGGCCGGAUUGCUUUAAUAGUGGAAUGAUGGUUCUCCGACCUAAUCUACAGGACUACUAUGCUCUAAGAGCACUCGCCCAGCGAGGUAUCAGCUUCGAUGGCGCCGACCAGGGUCUGCUGAAUAUGCAUUUCCGGGACUGGCAUAGGCUAAGCUUCACGUAUAAUUGCACGCCAAGUGCCAAUUACCAGUACAUUCCUGCGUACAAGCAUUUCCAGAGUACCAUCAGUCUUAUUCAUUUCAUUGGUGCCCAGAAGCCAUGGAAUAUGCCGAGGCAGAUUGUCCCGCUGGAGUCCCCGUACAAUCAGCUUCUAGGCCGCUGGUGGGCUGUCUAUGACAGACACUAUCGUCUGCCAUUUUUGAUAUUGAAAAGACGGUUUUGGCUCAAGGAGAUCAAGUCCAUACCCCUCGCCGUGACACCCCUCGUCACGAACCACCUCGCCACGAACCCCCUCGUCACGAACCCCCUCGUCACGAACCCCCUCGUCACGAACCCCCUCGUCACGAACCCCCUCGUCACGAACCCCCUCGUCACGAACCCCCUCGUCACGAACCCCCUCGUCACGAACCCCCUCGUCACGAACCCCCUCGUCACGAACCCCCUCGUCACGAACCCCCUCGUCACGAACCCCCUCGUCACGAACCCCCUCGUCACGAACCCCCUCGUCACGAACCCCCUCGUCACGAACCCCCUCGUCACGAACCCCCUCGUCACGAACCCCCUCGUCACGAACCCCCUCGUCACGAACCCCCUCGUCACGAACCCCCUCGUCACGAACCCCCUCGUCACGAACCCCCUCGUCACGAACCCCCUCGUCACGAACCCCCUCGUCACGAACCCCCUCGUCACGAACCCCCUCGUCAUGACAACACUCCUCAUUAUGAAAUACAACCAACAUCUGAACAGCAGCCUGGCCAUGUUGAAGAACUCACAAGCUUCCACGAGGAACCACAUCAAGCACCGCCAGUCGAGCACAGCCAUUCAGAACCGCACCAUGAACACUCCGCUCCCGCUAAUGUACAAGGAGCAUGUCUCAACCUAUAUCUCACCAUUGCCUCCUGCGCCAAUCACUUUUGCGCCUCAACUGAGCCAUGAAACAUAUGAGAAUCAGCUACAAACGCAGGUGCAGAUCCAGACCCAGGCACAGUUGCCGACACAGACCCAGGCACCGACACACUAUCCCGAUGGCCAUAUUCACCAACCACAGCCGCUAGCCCCAAUUCAUCCUCCAAUUAUCGAGUAUCAAUCACCCCCAUCUCCGGUUGAAGAGGUUUCGACUUUUGAGGCGCCAAGAUCCGAGUGGGAUCCCUCACGUGAGCCACCACCGGUCAACACGAAACCUGAAGGCUUCAGUCUACAACAGAAAACCUACAAUAUGUCUGAGGACACGCAUCUAUUCCAACCCCCGUCAUCCUACCCAGAGGCACCGAAAAACAUGUGGUACGAGGUUCCUGCCAAACCGGAGCCCAAACCUAUCACGAUCUUCCCCUGGGAGGGCCAUGCUCCGAAGCCCACCCGCAUCUUCGCCGAGGAGACACCUGUGGAGUUUGUGGAACCUCCCGUGAUACCUGACGAACCAGAGCAGCAUUCACUCCCAAGCGAGCCAGCCCUUCCUGGGCCCUCCCCUUCCUACACUCGGGUACCGUUCGAACCCAGUGCUGAAUCAUGGCAAACAUACACCCGCUCCAACGCCUGGGAUGAGGACCCAGAGAUCCAGCGCUACAUUGAGACGAUCCAGGCACGGCGCACAAAAUCACAAGUGACCAGUCCAGGAGCUCAGUCCAACAGCCCCGGGAGAUCACCCCCAACCCCAGGUUUCCGCCCCAGCACCAAGAUCACCGACUUCCCAACGGAAGUCGAGCGCCCCAGUCUGCCUGUAACGCCGGCCCCAAUCCGCCGCACCAGCUACGGGGAUGAGGCCUCCGGUACGGCCGCCCUCCCUACUGCUGAGGGUGUGCCUAGCCAGGAGGAAUGGGUGGGUGUCACGGUUGAUGUGUUCUCUUCUCUCCUCGGCGCAACGUACUUAUUGUGGCGGUCUACAGAAUCCCCUGGCUCAGCUCGAGGAGCUGCAUCGUCGGCACUCGGAGGUCUUGGAGCAUCCCGAACUGCUGUUUAG